AUGGUGUUCGACCCUCUUGGGCUGAUCAGCCACUUCCUGAUGUUUCUCCGAAGCCUUUUACAGGAGAUCUGGAGAGCAUCCGUCGACUGGGACGAGCAAAUCCACGAUUGUCACUUUGAUAAGUGGCUCGUAUGGCUGCGGUUUCUUCCUCGUGUAGCGGACAUCAAGAUUCCUCGUUGCUACCGGACCGUCACGUCUGCAGAAGAAGGAACCAUUGUCCAAAUGCAUACUUUUGUGGACGCCAGCGAGAACGGCUUCGCGGCAGUCGUCUACCUCCGUUUCCAGGAGGGAAAUACAGUUGAGUGCACUCUAGCAGGAGCCAAAACCCGGGUGGCGCCGUUGAAGUUCCUCUCUAUACCCCGAUCCGAACUUCAAGCAGCAGUUAUUGGGACCAGGUUAGCAGAUUCUAUCCAGGAGUCCCUCUCGAUUAAGGUUCAAAGGCGAUUCUUUUGGACUGAUUCCCGGGACGUCAUGUGCUGGCUACACUCGGAUCAUCGACGUUAUAGUCAGUACGUAGGUGUUCGAAUCAGCGAGGUCCUAGAAACCACGCCCCUACGAGAUUGGCGGUGGGUUCCUACUAAAUUGAACGUAGCUGACGAUGGUAACAAAUGGAAAGGUUCUCCUGACUUCAGCGCCUCUAGCCGGUGGUUGCAUGGACCUGAAUUUCUUCGGGAACCGGAAGAGAAAUGGCCUAUCUCUCCUCAGCCCGUCAAAACCACUGUCACGGAGCUGCGUCCACAUCUGCACCUCCAUUUCCAGACCCUCGAGUCAAUAAUUGAUACAAGCAGAUUCAGUCGAUGGCUUUGUCUACUGAAGACUACGGCGUAUGUAUUCAGAGCCAUUAGAAACAUGCUGCGAACUAUACGGCAAUCACCCAAAGCUUAUGGACCGCUUUCUCGUGAUGAGCUCAUCAUGGCCGAAUCCUACCUGUACAAAAUAGCCCAGAGAUGUACGUAUGAAGAUGAGAUAGCAAUUCUAUCUACAAAACAAGAACCCUCCUCAAAGGAAAUCUCAAGAAGCAGUUCGUUGUACCGCCUCUGCCCGUUCAUGGAUGAAAAGGGAGUUCUGAGGAUCCGCGGGCGUACCAGUGCCUGCCAAUUCAUCGACAACAGCAUCGUUAAUCCAAUCAUUUUACCUCGGGAGCACAGCGUCACAAAGCUCAUCGUAUUGGACGUUCAUCAGAGAUUCCUGCAUCAGAAUCACGAAACCGCCAUCAACGAGCUGAAACAACGCUACUAUAUUUCCCGUCUGAAAGCGAUCUACAAAUCGGUCCGGAACAACUGCCAAGUCUGUAAAAACGAACGAGCUUGUCCAGAGGCGCCACUGAUGAGUGGCGCGCCGCAUGCGCGCCUCGCAGCUUAUAGUCGACCUUUCACCCACAUGGGGGUGGACUACUUCGGCCCAAUGAUGUAUACGCUUAAGCCUCAGACUCAUUUGAUUGUAAACCAAUCUGCACAGGACCACUUUCCAUCGGACCCGUGUCCCGACGAUGACCCGUGUCAUACCGGCGCGCGCCCAUCGCUGUGA